AGGGUGCUGCUCACGCUGGAGGAGAAGAAGGUGCCCUACCAGAUGAAGCUCAUCGACGUCAGCAACAAGCCCGACUGGUUCCUGAAGAUCAAUCCAGAGGGCAAGGUGCCCGUGUAUAACGGUGGUGAUGGCAAAUGGAUUGCUGAUUCUGAUGUGAUCACUCAAGUCAUUGAGGAGAAGUACCCAACUCCAUCACUUGUUACUCCUCCUGAGUAUGCAUCAGUGGGAUCAAAGAUCUUCUCCACCUUCGUCACGUUCUUGAAGAGCAAGGAUGCCAGCGAUGGCUCGGAGAAGGCGCUUGUUGACGAGCUGCAGGCACUCGAAGAGCACCUAAAGGCCCAUGGACCCUACAUCAACGGGGCGAACAUCUCCGCCGUCGAUCUCAGCCUGGCUCCGAAGCUCUACCAUCUGCAGGUCGCCCUGGAGCACUUCAAGGGCUGGAAGGUCCCUGAAACCCUGACCAGCGUCCAUGCCUACACCGAGGCUCUCUUCAGCCGCGAGUCGUUCGUCAAGACCAAGGCGACCAAGGAGAACCUGAUCGCCGGGUGGGCGCCGAAAGUGAACCCGUAAGCCCCUCCGCCCGCCGGAGACCCGGCCCACCCCGUCGUGUGAGUAGUGAUGGGCAGUAGUGGGCCUCAUCUGCCUAGGUUGGAAUAAUUCGAGCCUUGAUGUGCUCUGGUCGUCGCAAUCGUGCACUUGCUUGUGUGUGUGUGGGUGUGGGUGUUAUGUGCGUGUUCUGGUGCAGGCAAGAGUGCAAGUAUAUGUGGUGUGAACCUCUUUCCGUAUGAAUGAAUAAUAGAGCUGCGUAAAAUUCA